UCACUUCCGUAAACACAGCACGUCACCGCCCGCCUGACGUCACCUCCGCCCCCUCCGCUCUGAGUGUACGGCGGGGAGAUCAGGAAGAGCAGAGCGGCGUACAGGCUGUGCUGUGUCUGUGCAAUGAUGAGUGGCCCUGCACAGAAGUACGUUUAUACCAAGCUGGACCAGAUAAAGGAAGGAACGGUGGUUAACCUGUAUGGAGUGGUGAAGUUUUUUAAAGUGCCAUAUCGCAGCAAAGGGACAGAUUAUUGUUCUACUGUUACCAUCAUGGAUCAAUCCAAUGCCAAGCUUACGUGCACAUUUUUCAGUGGAAAUCAAGACACGCUACCAAAAAUUUACUCAAUUGGUGAUAUUGUAAGAUUUCACAGAAUAAAGAUCACACAAUUCAACAGUGAAUUUUUAGGCAUCAGCAGUAAUGGAUUUUCAGCUCUAGUUUUUGAAGGCACAGCGGGAGCUCCAGCAUUGCCAAGAACAUCCAGCAAAACUUACAGCUUCACUGAAGAAGACCACAAAAUUGUAGAAUCUUUACGAAUCUGGCAAAUGGGGCAACAGACCUUUUCUAACUUAAGACUAAAGCUUUCAGACAUAAAGCCUGAACAGUAUUUUAAUUUAAUCUGCCAUCUAGUUGGGAAAGCAGUGUUGGAUAAAGCAUGCUAUCUUCUUAAGGUAUGGGAUGGCAGCAAAUGUGCUUUGCCGGCAUGGAAAGUUUGUGUUGAAGAAGAAGCUCUUGAAGGGGAUGCCGAUUUUCUAAGUCUUCAUCAGCAUCUUACUGUAGAUGUGUUAGUUUAUGAUAACCACGUGGAAGCUGCAAAGUCCCUUAAGGUUGGAAGUUACAUUGUAAUUCAAAAUUUACAUGCAAAGUUGCAUAACACCUGUAAUGAAAAUCAAGCUGAAAAUUCAUAUCUGGAAUUUCACCUUCAUGGAGGGACAUUGUAUGGAAGAGGCAUAACCAUUCUCCCUGAAAAUGACAUAGAUGUACAAGAACUGCAAAAAGUCCUAACUACUGUAAACCUAAAUGAAGAACCUAUAUGUUCAGAGGAUUUGACUUCACAUAAUCGUUUAAGCCAGAAGUCGCCACCCUUUAAUGCUCUGGAGAGAUGCCAGCAGCUUUCUGUGACAGUACUUCCAACUCGUCAGGAAUGGCUUACCACUCCUCUCAGCACAGUUGUUAAAAUGAAACCUCCUCAGAAAUAUCGUGUCAGAGUGAGACUGAGAAUUUUUCAACCUCAGCACCUCUAUCAGUCUGUUAAGCUUCACUGCACUAAAUGCAGUUCAUUGCAAGCUGUCCCAGAUGAAGAAAGGCUUGACAAUAUUUUGCAAGGAAAUUACACCAACUGCCCCGACACAGAUGCUCAAAAUGCAUAUUGGUAUCAGUCUGUUAAAUGGAAGAGAAAUCAAGAGAACAGAACGGUGACUAUUCAUUUCAUGAAAAAACAUGACAUGCUACAAAUUCCACAGGAAUCCCUAAUCAUGGUAGAAGGUGGGACUUUCAAGGAGUUCUGCAAACUGUCAAGAAAGUUUAACAGUAUAAUCCCAGUAACAUGUAACCAGGCCAAUUUGGAAUUGGAUCUUUCAGCUCCAUUUCUUGUCCAAGGCAACAUAUGGCAUUAUGGGUGCAGAAAUUGUUCAAGCCUGAAGUCUAUAGAAGCACUUAGCUCUUUAACCCUUGAAGGAUCUUGGAAUGCUACUGAAAUAGCUAAAGCAUUGGGUAUUAAACCAUUAACAUAUGUCUUUGUUAUGAACCUUACACUGGAAGAUGAAACUGGGUCACUUAAUGCUUAUUUGUGGAGGCGUGCUGCAGAACAGUUCUUUCAGAUUUCUGCUUCUGAGAUAUUUAUGGUAAAUAAUUUACAAGAACAACUUAAUGUCAUUAUGACCACACUGUGCCCACCAGGAAAAUCAAUAGGUGAAUACCCAUGGAUGGACUGCUGCAUUAAAUCAUAUCAUUCUUGUGAUGGAAGAGAAGAACAAAAUUUGUAUGAAAUCUUUGAUACACUGAUUUCAUAAAGAAGUUUAACCAGCACACAUUCUUUGCACCUUGGACUCUGUUUAAAGGAGAUGGAAAUCCCAGUGUGAAGCCCAGUAUUCACUGUGAUCAGCAAAAAGAUGGCAGCUAGAUAAAUAUAAGGAUGCAAGCCAAUUCCUUUUUUACUGUUUUGGAUGAAAAGAAAAAAGUACAAAUGUGUGUUUAUAAUUUGAUGUACAAAUUUCAAUUUCUUUAUGUAUAUAUGUGUAUAAAGUUUCUAUUGAAGUGUGGA